AUGGACAACAUAAUACCAUGUAGGCCUACUGCAUUGAGGAUGACGUGUGACUUUUAGGUAAGGCUGAUGCCACUCAGUACUGUUCAAUUUGAAAAAUGACUGUCAUUUCUUGAACUUGUAUCUUCCUUUUAUUUGCCUUACAAACUAUGUACAGACUUGCUGAAGUGAGAAACUGACGUAUGAAUAUUCUUGGUUAGAGUUAGCCAAAUAUGUCUAAAGAAUAUAUAUGUCUAUAAUCUGUAUUCUAAAGAAAAAUAUCUAAAGAAUCUUGAUGCAGACAAUGAAUGAAUUAAUUUAAUAAAUGUAUUCAAAUUGAAUGCUUUUAGUUCUAGGUCAUCGGAUGACAAAUCAAAUACUGGUAUGUCUAGGCCUAUUGCAUUCAAUCUUUCUUGCAAACUAACAGUAGUUCUACAUGAUACAAUUUAACAUACCUUUGCCUUCUACAUUUAAUUGAAUCAUGAUUUCUACCCUUUGUUUGAUACCAGGGAGAGCUCUCAGGAAUCUGAUCAUUUCCACAUUCCUGCCUGCUGUCUUUCAUUUCCUCAUACCAACCAACCCAAUGUUUUGUUUAAUAUGUCUUCAUGAAUUCAUCAGCCAUAACAUAACUUCCUGCUUUCUUCUCCUCUGGUCCUGAUGGUAGAACAUGUACAACUGAACAAUAAAGUAAUUCUCUUUAUCUAUCUUCUACCAGCUAACAGAGGAAGGUCAGUCAGUGCUACUGAGGAGAGCGCUCCCUACUGUCUGGAGACACCUUACGGCUACCAGCUGGACCUAGACUUCCUCAAGUACGUGGACGACAUCCAGAACGGCUCCACAAUUAAGAGGCUGAGCCUGAGCAGGAAGCCCCCCAGGGCGACCAACCGUGAGGCAGAAGCGCAGAGUGGCACCACACCCAGUCAAUCAUGGACCUCCUCGGAAUCCCUGUCCUCGGCGAGUAGUGAUGACACGCGGGUGAGUCAGUCUGCCAUGUCGACCGUGAACCGAGGGAGACCCCCUCUUCCUCCACCCCACGGGGCCUCUACCACCAGCAGCACCACCCCCUCUAGUCAGGAGGGGUCCUCCGUCCCUCUGAAACCCCAAGAGGGGAAGCCUGCGCCGGCCGUCCGCUCCCUCUCCACCCCCAGGUUCAACCCUCUAGUGGAGAAGACCCUGUUGGAGACCCGUAGGCGCUUGGAGCAGGAGAAAACCUCCAGCACCACCCCAGCCCAUCCCCACCCUGAGCCCCAUCCCCGCCGGCGGCUAGCCAGCUUUGGGGGAGUGGGCUCCAGUGGCUCCCUGUCCGCCUUCACCAGCUGGGGCUCCUACAACCAGAACAACAGCGGAAAUGUCAACAAGCCCCAUGCUGAAGGUGAGCUUUUCCUGCCCCUAUCCCUCCACCACGGCUCUUCCCUGGGCAGCGGAGGGUCCCUGAGACCCAGCCCCCAGAGCUCUGGCAGGGACACCCCAGUCACGGGCCUCAGCCCCCUGCACCUGCAGCAUGUCAGGGACCAGAUGGUGGUCGCUCUCCAGAGGCUGAAGGAGCUGGAGGAACAGGUGAACAUUGAAUUAAAUAGAACACUAGAAUGGAAAUUGGCAUCAGGGCUAAAAUGUCAGCCAUCUUGGUCAGAGAAUCUUUCAUUCUAGAAACUGACUUAAUGUGGUAAAAUAGAAGUAUAAAAAGCUAUUGUGUGUUUCAAUCCCAGUAUACAUUUUUUAUGUUAAAUGAGAAAUUGUUCACAAAUAUGUUCACAAAUAUGAGUAUAAUGAUUUUGUAGAUAUACUUGCACACUAUGUUAGUUAGUUAGCUAGUCAGUCAGUUUUAGUUGGCUGAUUUUAAUGUAUCUCUAUGCAGGUGAGGAGCAUCCCUGUUCUACAGGUGAAGAUCUCUGUCCUCCAGGAGGAGAAAAGACAGCUGGUCUCUCGGAUGAAGAAUCAGAACCAACAAGAGCUGAGUGACAUGUUCCGGAAAAGAGCCCACAGCACGGGCAGCGGCGGUCGGUUCCGGGUUGGGGUUGGGAAGGGCUCUGAACUUCUAGGGAAACCUGAAGAUGGGCUGGAGAACAAGGCAGAGCACAACAGUGCCUCCUCUGGCCUGAAGGAGUUCCAGCAGCUGACUGCUGAGAUGGAGGCUUUGGAGAGGACCAUCAAGGGCGGUCGCCUGCAAGCACGGCAUGGCCUGAACCAGAACACAUUACGCAGCAACAGCAGAGCUCACAAAUCAGUAGCCAUCGGCAUUGAUGAAGACUUGGACGCCAUCUUAGACGCCAGGUCCUCAAAACAACACAGGGACGUCACCGUGGAGACCAAGCCCACAGACACACGAUGCGUAGCAAUGGGUGUAACUGAGGCCCACCUCGUUGUCACCGCGGAUAAGGAGGUGGAGCUAGAUGCCCAGCAGCGAAUCAUAGAAGCCCUGAAGGAGAGGGUGUGUCAGUUGGAGGCAGAGGUAAAGGAGUCCACCCUGCAGACGGAGAUGGGCAGGCUGAAGCUGGAGCUACAGGCGGCUGGGGCUAGGAAUAAGGCUGAUAAAGGCUCCACCGCCAGGCCAUCCACCCACAGCACCUCCACAGCCACGGAGGCCCCGGAGGCCAGGCCCAAGGCCCAGACCAGGAGCCUGGGGGUGGGCAACCACACAGAGGUCCAGGAUGCCUCCGCUGGAGGUAGGCUGGAGGUGGAGGGGUGGGGCUGUAGUGUUGGAGUGUCCUGUAGGCCGGAGCUGAGGAGUGUGAGCUCAGGACCAGAGUUACCGAUGACUUGGUGGGUGGUCAGAGAGCGAGUGGAGACCCGGGACCAAUGUGUUGGGAGACGGGUGGUGAUGGUCACCCAGGGUGUGGGGACAGGGGUGAGGGUGUGUGAGGCAGGAGUCAACACAGAUCUGACCAUGGAGAGUUUGGCUGCAGCGAGAGGAUGGAAGAUGGGGGAGUGUCAGAUGGUGUCGGUGGGGAGCGGGGACUGUGCGGUCGAUGACGUGAUGACGAGUGCUGUAAAGGAGGUCGGCAUGGCAACCGACCCUCCAGUCAGAGGGGUGGAUUCAGGUGUCAUGGUGUCACCUCAGACGGUCUCCCAGCGCACCAACACAUCACCAACACUCAGCUCGGUCUCCCGUUUCACAAACACCUGCCGCUCGUUCAACACCAACUCCAGCACCAACACCGUGCUCAACACCCAGGAGAAACACACCAACACCGCGCAAACCGUCACCCGGAACAUCGCUGUCGGCAACGGCAGGGUCCUAGAGUUAAUCCAGGCCGUCACUAAGACCCGCUCGGUCGGCGUCGGCACGACCACGCCAUGGGGAGGAAACGCAGAACAACAACCAACCCAAACCACCACGGCGGUGGCCGUCGCCAAGGCAAUGACCAGAGACGCUGGGGUCGGGAUGACUAACGUGAAUGACAACUUCCUGGUUGGACUGAAGGCCCGGAACAUCGCAUGUGGUCCUUCCUGUCUCCCCGACCCCACCAAGACCAGGAGUAUUGGGAUCGGGGUGGGCGAGGGGCGCAUACGGGACCUUGCAGGACCACCAUCUCUGACACAGACCUCCACACAGACAUCCCACUCUCCCCAGGCCCAGGGUCAGUCCCAGUUAGAGCCUGGUCUGGACCACUACAUAGAGAAGAUGCAGUGUCUGCUGAGGGAGCAGCAGGGCCUGCUGACUGAGAGCUACAGUGAACUGGGAGAUGUGUUCAUCCAGCCGGGGUCAGACACCACCACCCUCAGCACGUCACCCAUCAACUCUGCCAUGACACAGGGAGGCACGGAGGGCAGGCCGCUACCCUCACAAUCCACAGGUAUGGAUAUAGUCUGUCUAGUCUUUACACUCACAGUUCGCAUCUGCGGUGGGUAUUUUACUAUGGAUAAUUGUUUUGUAUUUAUUAUUUUGUAUCAUGGACACAAUAAUCCAGUGAGUGAUUUCUUCCUAUCUCCCUGUCUCUCCCUUCUCUCCGUCUCCCUUAUACAGAUUGUGUACAGUCCCAGUCCAUCGCAGGGCCCGGCCUGCUCACUGACACCUCACCUCAGAGAAACACAGAAAGGUCAGGGGUCAGCCAGCAUGUCACUAAGGAGUCAGAGGUCAAGCAAAAUAUAAUACGAGUAGAACACCAAACUUCCUCUGCAUUGCAUGGUAAGUGUGUUUGUUUUUUGGGUAUGUAUGCAUGUGUGAGUUUGUUUGUGUGCAUGUAAGGGGUUGAAUGCAGUUGUAUCCCUGCUGUGCCUCUAAAUAGUUCCAUAAUGUUGAUGGGGUGAGAGCGGGAGAAAUACAGAGAAAAACAGAAACUAAAGGAGUAUUCUGCUGUCAGACCGCUCACUAGAAGAAUCCUGGCCUCUUUGAACCAGUAGAACCAUGGAGGAGGAAAUAGCUCUUUCUCUGGUUUGGCCUUGGAUCUGGAAGACCUACUAUUGAAAUAUUUGGGCUGAUGCUGGGUUUGGGAAAGCACACAUCUCUCACUACACAGCGGUCUGUGGCUGACAGGCUGGGGCUGAAAUUGUAUGUCUAUGUAUGAGUGUUUGUAUAUGUGAGAGUGUACUUUCUUUAGAAAGUACUAGGUGAAGUAGACAUUCAAUAAGUUAUCUAACUUCUCAGAACUUCACAGCAAUCAAAUUAUAAUUAAUUGGGAAACAUUAGCUAGGAGAGGCAGGACAAGGCCGCUGUCAAUCUACAGAAAUACUGAGAGAGGAACAAAUACAUCCGCUUUAUAUUAACCCUCCAGGUCAGCCCACUAACGCCAACAUGCUGAGGUCCAUCAUGAAGAAACAAGAUGGUGACCGAGGCUACACUGGAACCAGGAAGAGCCUGAAGUUUGUGGGCUUGACCACAGGGUGAGGGUCUGAUAUGUACUCUUAUUUUACUCUGAUCAGACUUUGAUAUAUCAUGUUUCACUGGUUAUAAUCAGCUCAUUAUUUCUGAGUUCUCAGUGUCUGUGUGUUGGCUGCAGGUUUGAGUCCACAUAUCAUGGGUUUAACAUAUUUAGUUUGUGUUAGCUAUGGCCUAGUAGAGGAAAGCUUGUAAUGGCUGCAGGUGUGAGUCCAUGUCCACUAGUGAACCAUCCAGCUCUGAAGAAGAGGAGAAGAGCGGGAGGUGGAUGGAGGUCUCAGGCCUCCAGGAUCGGAGCCGAAUGGACCAGGGCCGGAACAAAGGGGUGGCCAACAGGGAAUGUAGUGGCCAUGGGAGGAUGGAGAUACAGGAGAGGUGAAUACGGUAGUUCUGUUUUGAAUUCAAACCAUGGUUUUAGGGAAUAUACUUAACUUAGGCCCAUCUCUCCUCAGAGACCAUAAGCCAUCAAUAACUUUGCAUCGUACUCUGGGAAUUAUUCUCCAGCUUGUUCAGGGUAUAUAGUUAUUGUGCAAUUAGUACAUUAAAUAACUAGGUCCUCUCCCUACAGGUUUCAGUUGAGUGAGAAGAUGUUGUCAGCUUGCCAUGCACUGAAGACCCAUCUGAGUGACGACCAGGUUUUAUCCAGCAGAGAACUGGUGAGUACUGCUAAACAGAGAGGUCAGUGGCACAAGUAGAGUGAAUGGAAGCGUGUAUGUAUGAAUGUGUCUUUGUUUGUUUCUGUUAACAAGAAUGUAUGGGAAUGGUCAUAAACAAUACUGUAUGUCUCUAGUCUUUAUAAGUGUAAUGUUUAAUGACUACAAUUGUGACUUUUGGAGCUAUCUAAUUGCCUGUGUCCCUUUUGAUUCAUCAUACAUGAAUUUAUGAAACCAUAUAAAUGUUGGCACGUUGUCAACUCGAUGUCUCGGAAUGUAAACUAGAGGAAGAAAUACUUUAUAACUGAGGAAUGUGCCGACUCCUGUAAUUUUCAGCCCUCUGGUAGUGUUUCUGGGCAGGGACUUCAAGGCCUGGUUGUGUAUGAGUUACAGAGGGCUCUCUCUGUGUUCCACCCAGACGACAACAUCUGGCUCUGUCUGGAUUCGCCUUUUGAAUCCUAACUAACUUUGACGCCACCAUAUGUUUUCCACAUCAUCUGCUUUUUAUCUUGUCAUUGUGACUGGUUGAGUGAUAGAAAACAGGAGGAGAAAGAAGAGCAGGGGUGUAAUCAUUAGUCCAAAGAGUUCCAAAACGGAACGUUUUGCAACUAAAAUUAGAGUUUCUACUGGACAAAUUCAGGUAGGUCCCUCCCCCAUUUCGUUCCAUUUGCUUCCGUUUUAAGAAAUGUUUUGCAACAGAGUUGGUAUAAUAAAUACACCCCAGGGGAGAAAGAAGAGCAUGGAUGGGGAGACUGAGAGUUUAAGGACGAGUGAGUGACAGAUUAAAAGGAAGAUCUAGACUGAAGCAGUCAGAGAGAAUCAGAGAAGGAAGUAGAGAGAGAGUAGAUCUUAUCCACACAGUGUUCUGAUAUGCUAGCAUAGGGCUGUUCAAUUCUGGUCCUGAAGAGCCGAAACACUUCUGGUUUUCGUUUCUUCCUGGUAGUUAAUUGCACUCACCUGAUGUCCAAGGUCUAAGUUAGUCCCUUUUUACAAGGAGAGGAUGAAAACAAUAAGUAUUUCGGCCCUCCAGGACCGACAUUGAACCGCCCUGUGCUAGACCAACCAUGUGAUCCCCUUGUCCACUUCUCCUAGUCCUAACCAUACCUAGUGUUUUGAACACCACUCGAAAUGCCCUGGGCACUAGUCCCUGAAAUAGUUAUUUUUGUGGUGAGAGGGAAGUUGUGGAUGAUCUGAAACUGCCAUCAGCAGUCAGUCACAGUCCUCUCCCUACGGAAGAGGGUUUGGUGAGGUCAAAGGAACUGAAGUAUUGGCUGAUUUGGGUUCUGUUUAUUUUCAUUCAGUAAUGACCCUAUAAUUACAACAUGUCUCUGGUUAUUCACAGUUCAAAUUGCUGUGCACACACUGCAUAAUGGAGGGUUGCUAAAUUACAGUACUGUGUGUUUGUCCUGACUUUGACAAUAACGCCUGUUUUUGCUUUUUCCAAAUUAAAAAUACUAAUGCUUGACAGUGUGGCUUUGUGUUUGGGUGCAUUAGUUUUAGCUCACCCUGGUGUGCAGGGUUUGGACAUUUAGACCAUUCCAUUGGUUCUUAAGUGGAAUCUCUGCCUGUCUGGGCUAAACGAAUUCACCCAAUGUAGAUCUCUACUAGGAGUGUGUGUAUGUCAUAAAUGUUUGUGCGCCCAUACAUGUGUUGGUUGACGUCCUGCUUAGUAUGUAUUAUCCUGUGUCCCACCCUCAGCGGUCCUGCCUCAACAUGCUGCAGCACGAAUGGUUCCGUGUGUCCAGUCAGAAGUCAGCUGCUCCGGCUGUGGUGGGGGACUAUUUAACGGCGUUCCGGUCGGUCUCUCCAGCCGUGCUGAGACACGUAGCCAACAUGGCGGACGGUAACGGUAACACAGCACUCCACUACAGCGUGUCCCACUCCAACUUCACCGUGGUAAAAAGGAUGCUGCUGGCAGGUACUGAUUCUGACUCAGACCUGAACCUGACUACCAUUUUAACCUCUCACUCAUAUGAUGUUCUGUUGAGUACAUUAAUCUAAAAUGUGACCAGGUUGCGGGAUACUCUGAAAGAACACAUGGUUUUGACUGAGCUACCCAUAGUGUUAUUUUUAAUUCCGUGCCAUUGUUUUGUCACCUUUCCUCUUUGGCCUCCAUUCCAGAUGUGUGUAAUGUGAACCAGCAGAACAAGGCAGGAUACACCCCCAUCAUGCUGGCUGCCUUGGCUGCUGUGGAGGCCCCAGAGGACAUGGAGGUGGUGGAGGAGCUCUUCACUAAAGGAGAUGUCAAUGCCAAGGCCAGCCAGGUAUGUGGAGGGCCAGAGGUCUGGGGGAAAAUGGGUCGGUCUCUAAAUGGUUUUGGACCCUGGGGUUUGUAGUGGGAAUUACCUUGUUCUCCAACCCCCAGCCAUGCAUCUAGCCCUCUGAAUUAUGUAAUAUCUUUAGAGACUCUUAUCAUUUUUGUUGGGAUCGAUUCCAGACGUUGACAAGUUAAGUCAAAGCUUGUCUGGUCACUGGCUGAGUGUGUCGUCUUCAAGCCCCCGAGUGGCCAUCUCUUUGAGUCCAUCUGUUUGUUGACCUCUUACCCUUGACCUCCAGGCUGGUCAGACGGCACUGAUGCUGGCAGUGAGCCACGGCAGGAUGGACAUGGUGCGGGCCCUGCUGGCCAAGGGGGCAGAGGUCAACCUUCAGGAUGAUGAGGGCUCUACGGCUCUAAUGUGUGCCAGCGAACACGGCCACGCUGAGAUAGUCAGGCUGCUGCUGGCCAAGCCGGGCUGUAACGCCACCCUGAGUGACAGUGUGAGUUACUGUGUGUGUGUUCAUGUCUGUGUGUUUGUCACUCACCGUAGCAGACUAUCACUGUGUUAGUGUCUCUGUUUGUCUGAUUCACUGUUUGUGCCCUGUUUGUUUGUUUGUCUGUCUGUAUAUGCAGGAUGAGAGCACAGCCCUGUCCAUAGCUCUGGAGGCUGGACAUAAAGACAUAGCAGUGCUGCUCUAUGCCCAUGUCAACUUCUCCAAGGGCCAGGCCGGGGUGGGUAACACGCAAUAUCUAUAGAUUGGGUCCCUCAGUUCGUUUUUAUACACCUAUUCCAUACCAACUAAUCGUGUGCAUGUGGUGUGUGUGUGUCUCCACCCUCUUUUUCAUAGGGAACCCCUCGUCUCGGUAGAAAUAUACCCCCCAGUUCCGUUGGAAGAGGCGUCUUUGAAUGA